GAGGCUCUACUAAUUGCCGAGUGGCAUUCUGGGUAGAGGCAUGCUUGAUGCUUCCAUUUGCUAUUCUUGGAUUUGUGAUUAGGCCUCUGCAAUUGAAAGGCUUUUUUCCAUCUUCAAAAUCAUCAAUUAUGGCAAGCAUUCAAAAGGCAUUGGUAGACAGCAAAGAUGAAGGAAAGGUUGAUGGAGAUGCUUCCACUGCGAGUUAUGAUAGGAGCAAGAAGAAGUCAUCUUUGCUGUCCAUCAAAGGCUAUUGCUUCUUGUGCUUCAAUGGUCAUAUCAACUACUUUUGUAAACGUGAAGAAGAUACAUGUAUGUUUCCACAGUAUGUCAAUACGAAAACACAGAAAAUAUCUCUGCUUCUGAAAAAGCGGAUUACCACACCAAAUUGGAUCAAGCAUAAGGAGCUCUGAGAAGUUCACAUGUUCGUAGACCAGCUUCUUCAAGAGGUAAAUCAUACGUUGUGCUCUUUAAGCUAAAGUUACUUGGCUACCAGGC